UGAAUGAAAUAGAGGCAGUGUGCUUAGCUCUGCUAGAGAGAGAGAGACAGCACGGGAGCGAGAUAAAGAGAGAGAGAGAGAGAGAGAGAGAGAGAGAGAGAGAGAGAGAGCAAAUCAACCUGCCUCAAUCAGAACAACAGAGGGGAUGAGGAGGACACAAUAAGACUGAGAGCACGAGCCGCGUGAUUUUCCCUUCUUUCUUCUGUAUAGCGUGGAGGAGAAACAGCUCGACCUGACGAAGAGAAAGAGAGAACGAGGGAGAGAGAGAGAAAGAGAGAAAGAGAGCAGGAGCAGAGAAAUGCUGUCAUUGGGGGAAGGGGGGAGACAGCAGGAUGGAACGAGGCAUGGUCCAGCAGACAUAUGGAGGAUGCUGACACGGUCCAGGCUGUGAUGAUCAAGUGCACGUAAGAAGGACGCUGAGGACGAGUUGGACGCACCUCGAUGGAAUCGAGUGCUCCUUCUUCCUCGACCUGAGGCGGGCUUGUCUGUGUGUCUGGUUGGAUUCUGCAUUAGCGAGUAAUGAGGAUGAGGCAGACGUCUCCUGUUCAAGCUUGUUCAAAGUGAUGAGAGACAGCUGUCUUGUUGCGACAUGCCCACAAUGACUUCCUGAGUCUGUAAUUGUGAGUAGUCGUGCAUGCUCUGGCUGCAAGGGACUGUCUUUUCUGCGAGUAGAGGGCGGCAAGUCUUUUGGCAACAGAGGUAUGACCUCUGCGUUGAGUCUUGUGCACAUGUAUCAGUCGGAAGGUUCCUCUGGAACUUCUCACCAGUCGGUCCACGCCAAGACAGAGGGGUAGCGAAGGGGGAGUCGAGAGGAUUGAGACCUGAAAUAAGGGAGUUCGAGAGACUGUGGUGUCGUCGUCUUGAAUGGACAAGUGCACCAUGCAGUCGGACGACCUCUUCAUCCGCAAGUUUCGCCGGCAAAGCCCGCGCCCAAACCUGGCCAGCGUGACCUUCGAUCCCAAGCGAGAUGGUGGACUGCGCUCACGGGUGGUGCCCGAGUGGCCGCCCAGGAGAGAUGGCGAAGGGACGGAGGGCGAGAGCGUGAUGCCCAGCAGGGUGGGGCUAAACCUACGCUCUGUUGGGAGGGGGCACAUAAUGCAGCGCAGCAACAGUGACGUAACCCUAGGAGACCUCGAUUCGGCAGGAAAAGCCGGCGUGAAAGUGGCCCGAACGGUGGGCGAGAACGUUGGGCCAGGGGGUCAGGGAGAACCUGGAAUUGUCCUCCAUCGAGAGUAUGGGAGUCUUUCAUCUCUAGAGAGGCAGACUCGCAUCAUAGAGCCAAGCUCAGAAGAUCAAGGAGCCCUAAGUCCCAAUGCCAUGCGAUUCAAGGACCCUUUUCUAUUGUUAGGCCUCCAGGAGACACCGCCCGAGCCGGACGGCUUUUUCCGAGCCCUCUCUGCACCUGCCGGAGACACACCGAAACCGGCCAAGCCUCCAAAGCCUGAGUCUCUGGGAAAAAAGUCAAAACCAUCUCCCCCUCAGGUCCCUCCAGAGCAGCCAGUCGGUGGGGCCUGGGUGCGCAACGUUGCCCACUACGACACCCAGAGCAUCCUCUUCGACUUGUCUGAAGCGGCUUCCAACAGGGACAGCGUAGGUCGCAAAAAGAACAUCACGUCUGGGGCGUCGGCUGCGUCGCAGCUCCGCCCCCUGGCGCAGGCCACGCCUUGCUCUCCCUCUCAGGGUGGUGGAGGAGGAGGAGGCGGGACCGGAGGCGGGUCCAGCACUGAAGAACCAGAGCAAGCACUGCUUGACGAAGGAGACGGUAACGACAACGACAUGCUGCUGAGCUGCCCGCACUUCCGCAACGAGAUGGGCGGCGAGGAGAGGGCGGGGCUGGGCAGGGCGCGGGGCGGCAGCAGCCGCUGGCGGAGUCUGCAGAGUCCCAAUGAUGCCGUGUCCGUGUUGGAGGAGCCGCGAGAGAGCCACAUCCAGCAACAGGGGAAGAGCAACUACUUCAUAGAGCACGCAGACCUGGGAGCGCGCUACUACCACAAGUACUUCUACAUGAAGGACCAUCAGAAUUUCUUCGGGAUGGACGAUCGGCUUGGGCCGGUGGCUAUCAGUUUCCGCCGCGAGGAGAAGGAAGGGACCAGUGGAGCUCAGUACAACUACAGAAUCAUAUUCAGGACCACAGAGCUGAAGACUCUCCGCGGCUCCAUCCUGGAGGAGUCUGUGCCGUCGGCGGCGCGACACACGACCCCCCGAGGGCUCUCCCCGAAGAGACUGCUGGAGUUCAUCCUGCCCGACCUGAACCUGCACUGUCUGAGACUGGCCUCCACCUCUCCUAAAGUCCGAGACACACUGCUGAAGCUGGACGAGCAAGGGCUGAAUUUCCAGCGUAAGGUUGGAGUGAUGUACUGCAGGGCGGGGCAGAGCACGGAGGAGGACAUGUAUAAUAAUGAGAGCGCUGGAGAAGCCUUCGACGAGUUCCUGGAUCUGCUGGGAGAGAGAGUACGACUGAAAGGCUGGGAGAAAUACAGAGCGCAACUCGACACCAAGACUGAUUCCACGGGUACACACUCCCUAUACACACGCUAUCAGGACUACGAGAUCAUGUUCCACGUCUCCACCAUGCUCCCCUACACCGCCAACAACACGCAACAGCUAUUGAGGAAAAGACACAUAGGAAAUGAUAUAGUAACGAUAGUCUUCCAGGAGCCUGGGGCGCUGCCCUUCACCCCCAAAGCCAUCCGAUCCCACUUCCAGCACGUCUUCAUCAUCGUCCGGGUGCACGAGCCCUGCUCUGAAAACACCUAUUACAGAGUCGCUGUAACUCGCUCUAAGGACAUCCCUCUCUUCGGCCCCCUGUUCCCCAAGGGUGCCCGCUUCCCCCGCACGCCAGCCUUUCGGGACUUCCUGCUGGCCAAAGCCAUCAACGCCGAGAACGCAGCCGAGAAGUCGGAGAAGUUUCGCUCCAUGGCAACCAGAACGCGGCAGGAGUACCUGAAGGACCUGGCGGAGAACUACGUCACCACCACGCCCAUCGACUCCUCCACCAAGUUCCCCCUGCUGUCGCUGGGGGGCAAGCGCAAGGACAAGCAGAAGGGGGCCAAGGGGGCAGAGCUCCACAGCGCCGGGGCCCUGGUGUGGGCCGUCUGCGCCACUCAGGAAAACUGUGGGCCCAAGCUGCCCUGCCUGCUGGGUGUUUCUGCCGAAUCGGUGGUGCUGAUCGAGCGAUGCACCAAGAGGGUGGUCUUCAACUGCUCCUGCCGUGACGUGAUUGGCUGGAAGGCGGUGACUGAAGUGGGAGUUACAGGCGGUCCUUGCCUGGACAUCUUUUACGAGAGGGGGGAUGCGGUGUCCAUCACGGUGUCGCAAAAUCAGGCGGAGGAUAUUAAAGAGGUGGUGCAAAGACUCGAGCUGGUGACGAGGGGCUGCGAGGCGCGAGAGGUGACCCCUCUGCGUGACAGCGUGGGUCAGCCGGGCUUCCUGAUGAGCGAGGAGGGCUUCGUGACGGAUCUGCAGAGGUUCUGCUACGCUGAGAGCGGUGGGCUGCAGCUGGGGGCGCGGGUGGUGAGGCUGUGUGGACAGCCGCUGGUCCACCUCAGUCAGGAGGACAGAGGCAAGCUGCUGCGCAACGCCCACAAAAUCCACAUCACCGUCAUCCCGCCCGACGAGAACGGCAAGCCACGCAGGAGUUUCUCUGAGCUCUACCAGAAGUCCAUCCAGGAUGCAGAGAGCAAGUCUGGCGAGGGUCAGUCGGGCGAGGCGUGGGUGCUGGACGAGCAGGAGCAGGACGAGGAGGAGCAGGACGAGGAGAAGAACGAGGCACUGGAGGAGGUGCAGGUGAUUAAGGAGCAGGAGCAGGAGCAGGGGGAGGGGGAGGAGUCGGUCAGCGGGACCCAGCCGGACGGGAGGGCAGCCGAGGACCUGGAGGAGGAGAGCGGAGAGGCCGGACAGGGGGGCUCCACCUGCCUCCUGUCCCCCCAAAGCCUGCCCCUGCUGCGGGCCACCUCACUGCAGGACAGUCCCCAGAACCUGGAGGACACAUCCUCAGCCCUGACACGCAGCUACUCACUGGAGAGACACCCACCCCUCCAGGACAUCUGCGAUGGUCACGUGUAUGAUAACGUCGCGCUGAAGACGAAAAGGCACAUCUACGAGAACCCUGGAGAGCUGAGAGAUGCAACCCCUGACCUUAUACUGGCAGUCAAGCCUAAAGUGCCUCAUGAUGAGGAGGGACAGGUUGGAGUGAUAGAGGGGGGUGAAGAAAGGCCGUCGGGGAGUGAUGUACCCCUCCGCUCCGAAUGUAUGGACAGAGCUGAGAGGAACUCCAGAGCGCUGAGUCUUCAUAACUCCAUCACCAAGAUUCUUUCAGAAACCGCUGAUACAACAGAGGAGGAGUGGCAGUCCAUCUCUGACCUGGCCACAGCCUGCAGGAGCAUCCUCGAAGCCUUGUCUCGAGAAGACCGGAAGGCUGGAGACGGCAGCCAGGCAGCAGCAGACACUGUGACCUCGGGUCAGACAGACUCCAAGCUCAGAGACAUUAAAGACAGUGACUCUCCCAGUCACCUGGAGGAGAAGGUGUCCCAGUUGGAGGCCAUGCUAAAACGACUGCAGGAUGACCUCCAAAAGGGCGAACAGAGGAGAUGAGAAGAUGGCUGGAGGGACAUUGGGCAGCCAUGCUCACUCUCUCAACACUAAGUGACCAGUGGCAGUCGAGGCAAGUACAGCAUGAGAUUUUUCCUCCAUUGCGCCAAAACCGAACUAAAACAACGACUCAAAAUCCAAACCCAAAUAACACAUUUUCAAUUUUCAACACCGGGGAGGUGUCCUAACAUGCAGUGAGACCAUGGAGAAUUAACCACAACUCUGAUAAUGAUUGGCAUCUUCUCUUUUUUCUGCUAACUAACAAAGAAAAAGGUAGAGUAAGGUAAAAGAGUAGUAAAACAGCAGUUACACUCAUCGUCAAAGACAUUGUUGCAUACAUACACAACAAGAAGAAAGUGUUGGAUGGCAAUUGCAAUGCUAGAUGGAUAAAGAUAAAAGUUACAAGGAAACAAUAAAUUACAUUAACAGCUCUUAGUCAUGUUUAUUGAGCUUAACAUACAGAAGUAAAUAAAACUGGUGCAAUGCAUGUGUAACGCAACAUGCCAGACGUCUCAGCAUUGCUGUAGAUGAGUUGUAGAGGUUCCUAAUGGUCUCCUGUGAUCAUUAAUCCCAUACAGCUCUGAUAUUCUCAUGCAGUUCCUGCAUAUUUUACAGUAGGGUAAAUAGAGCGUUCAUAGUGUAACCAAUAGCAUUCCACACAUUAUGAGUAAGAGUUUAAGAAAGAUAAAUAGGUCUGACAUAGUGCUGGGCGGUAUACCAGUUCAUUUGGUAUACCAUGGGGGGAACUAGAACCAGUAUGCGUUUCUCUCAUACCGCCACACCAGCUUUUAAAAGGGUAGCAGUAUGCUGAAAUAGUGCACCAGAGUAUUCGUUCAGAAAAGUUUGGACUCUCAGAGUGCCUGUAAUAAUAAAAGAGAUGUAGCUUCAUUCACAUUAAAACUAGGUCUUCUGGACGAAAAGUAUAGAUACUAGGGUUUAAAAUACUUCUGUAGUAGUUGAGGUUUCAAUUCAAGCUUUUUACUCUUCAAGUAAAAGUGUAAAAGUACUGGAUUUAAAACUACUUAAAGUAUAAAAGUAAUAGUAAUGUAAAAUGGGGAAAAAAUGCUAUUAAGAACAAAAGCUUAUGCCAAACCAGAGAGUCCAAUUAGUGCACUACCCCCCAUAAAAACACAUUUUUCUAAAAGUCAUAAUGACUAUAAUGUUCUAUUAAAAUGUUAAUGUUAAAAUGUUAAUACG